AACACCAUCAUCGUAAGAGAUACUGUUGGGUUUGAGAAUAGAGUGAAAGUUCAAGAAGAGAAACGGCGUCGAUCGGUGUGUAAAAAGUUCAAGUCUUGUCUUGAAUUUUAUACGGAGGCAGGAGAGGGAAGUCAAGAAGUUGAACUGGAUCUACCUCUAAUUGGUUGUCUAUCGGCGGAAAAGCCGCCCCUAAGCACCCGGGCAUUUGUUGAGUGCGAGAGGAGAGGAACUGCGCUCUUCACCCGAACUGACAACCCCUUCGAGGCUGCAACGACGACCCACAAAGAAAUCGCUCAUCCCUCUUUCUCUCCCUCUCUCCGCUCUCCUAAAUUGUGGAAACACAUCCGACGUCUCCUCGCACCACACUCCUCGCCCUCGUUCCAGACUGCAAAGACGACUUUGUUCCAUUUCUCAUCAUCCGCUGUCAAACACUUUCACCACAACUUUCUCCAGCCUCAUCUCAAAGUAGCUACCAGAAAGUUUGCAAGUGUGAAAAUGGAGACUUUCCCUUUGCCCCCAUACGCUCAUGGAAAUUCUCUCAUGGCGAUUGGUGACUUGAUAUCUCAUCAGCACAUGACAGUGUCGUCAGCUAGUGAAACGAUAAAGCAGGUCAUACAAAAUGACCCCCCAUUUCGUGAAUUUCCCGUUGUUCCCAGUGCAUCGGCAUUCCGCCAACACCCUGCAAUUAAACAUCCCGUUCCCACUCCAAACCCAGCAGCCUCGCUCUACGCCAAUCUCUCCUCAAUCGUCCCCCAGCUCCCACCCAAUUAUGACGGCGGUCCACCAGCCAGAUAUCAUCCUUACGGGACCGGUGGUGGUGGUGGAGUUUUAUCUGCGGGUACUAAAAUGCCACCCAGCCACCAUGGUCAACCGCAGCAGCUACUGGACGGAGAUAGACGAGGAGAUAAGUUUAAUAUUACGGAAGGAAUGAGAAUGUCUUCCUUGCUGUCCAAAAGUGAACUUCACUCUGAUACGGGAACACUAUCUGAUUGUGAAGACUCGAAAUGUGAGUUGGAUGUUGGGAGGGAGCGAUGUUCUUCGACAAACAGUGGGGACAGUGAUAGUGAAAGUUACAUUAUUCGAAGUGGUGGUGGAGGCGAACACUAUUUUGGCAUGUCCACCACUGGAAAGAAUGAGGCGGAUGAGAAUAACCGUCCCAUGAUAUCCUCUCACCACGGCCCCCUGCAAAGAGAGGACAAGAUGGGGGGCAGUGGUGGGAAGGGGAAUUCUGCCAAGGGGGGUCUCUCCAAUAAGAAAAACAGACAAGGCAAAGCUGUCCGGUUAUCCAUCAAUGCUAGGGAAAGGAGGAGGAUGCACGACCUGAAUGAUGCGUUAGAUGAGCUAAGGAGUGUCAUACCCUACGCCCACUCCCCAUCUGUAAGAAAAUUAUCUAAAAUCGCUACCCUGCUCCUGGCAAAGAAUCACAUUUUGAUGCAAGCCAACGCUCUGGAAGAGUUAAGAAGACUUUUAGCCAUGAACCAAGCGACCGGAAUUGCGAUUCCGACCUCAGCACUUGCCGCAGCUUAUGAGGCUCAGAAUGUCUCAUCAACUGGUACUUCAGCAGUCAGUAAUAGUAAUCCUGUCACGGCUUUCCCAAGAUUAAGUGAUUCCGGGGGACAAACCACAUCUCCAGUCGUCUCUCCUGCCUCCAACAACGGGGAGAAAGCACGUUCCCCACUAUCCGUCUCCUUUGCAUCCUCACAACCCCACACCCAACGAGCAAGUUCUAAUCAUAACUUCAAGCAGUAACCGUCUCACUUGUGUCACUUGUUGUAUCACAGUUUUUUUAACUUUCUUCUCACAUUCCCACACUCACGGAUAAAAGUAAAUACUUAGAAUCGUAUUAGUCUGAAAGUUUGUAUGCGAACCUUUAGCAUGUAAAAAGUAUGAUAAUCGUGAUGAUUCAUAAAUGAAGAAAUAAAUAAAAUGUGUGCGAGUCA